GUCAAAUUACGUCAAUCAAGCUCAAGUUAUCAAUUCGGGUUGGGAUUACUAAAAUUAAUUGGAACAUAACAAUUAUAACUCUAAAAAGAUCUUAAUUUAUUUACCGUAUUUAUUAGCCCUUUCUGUAUUCUCAUUUUAUCAUGACUGACCAACAAAUGGAUUGUGCGUUGGACCUGAUGCGGAGGCUGCCUCCGCAGCAGAUCGAGAAAAACUUGACAGAUCUGAUAGAUCUGGUGCCUAGUAUGUGCGAUGACCUGCUCUCGUCUGUGGACCAGCCGCUUAAGAUCGCUCAGGACCGCAGCACAGGGAAAGACUACUUACUGUGCGAUUACAACCGCGACGGAGACUCUUACAGGUCGCCGUGGUCAAAUACGUACGACCCUCCUCUAGAAGACGGGUCGAUGCCUUCGGAAAGGUUGAGGAAAUUAGAAAUCGACGCUAAUCACGCCUUCGACCAGUACAGAGAAAUGUACUUCGAAGGAGGAGUCAGCUCUGUGUACCUGUGGGACAUGGACCAUGGAUUUGCAGGUGUAAUAUUGAUAAAGAAAGCUGGCGAUGGCUCUCAGAAGAUCAAAGGCUGCUGGGACUCCAUCCACGUGGUUGAGGUGAUAGAGAAGAGCUCGGGCCGCAAUGCUCACUAUAAGCUCACAUCUACCGCCAUGCUCUGGCUGCAGACCAACAAGGAAAGUAGCGGGACCAUGAACCUCGGUGGAAGUCUUACUAGACAGGCAGAGCAAGACUCAGCGGUGAGUGACGUCACGCCGCACAUCGUGAACGUCGGCCGCAUGGUCGAGGAUAUGGAGAACAAGAUCAGGAACACCCUCAACGAUAUCUACUUUGGUAAGACUAAGGACAUAGUGAACGGGCUGCGCUCGGUGGUCCCGGCGGACGUCGUGCACCGGCGCGCGGCGCUGCAACACGACCUGGCCGUGGCGCUGCAGCGUCGACACGUCGCGCGCGACGACUGAGACCGCCCGGCCUGCAUGAGGUGGAGAUAUUGGGUAAAUUGUGUUAAUUAAGGAUCGCUCACGGAACGGAAAUGUGAACUUACGAAAUUGUGGAAACUUAUGAAGGAUAAUUUAAUAUAAAAAAUAUAUUUCUCGUCUAUUAAUAAAUAGUGUAUUGAAUUUAGAAAUAAAUCAAUGCGGCCAGUAUGGUGCUUUGAACAAAAUAGUCCUUAUAAAUAUAUUUUGUCUUCAUAGAUAUUAUUGGAAUUGUACGCAUUGUAAACUAUGUAAAAAUCGUCUCAUUAUGUAUAGUUUUCGGAAUUAAAUUCGCCCAACUAUCAUCCAUCUCAUUAACUGUUGCAUUUUUAUUGCUUAGUAUUUUCUUUUAUGGUAGUUUAUAACAAAGUGUAUUUUUAACUUAAGGUUCUAUAAUAAAUAAGAGCAUUACAUUAUUAUAAUGUUAAGUGAUUGCAGCAACAAGCCAAUUUAUUGUUGCAAUUUGUUUCACAUAAUAACAAUAGGUUUUAAUUGGCCUCUCUAAAUAUAUAUUUAUCCGCA